AUGCCGUCUGAACGCAGAUUCCCUUCGGGGAUUAUGACGUUAGAGUAUACAAAAGCUGUUCAGGAGACUGUGUAUGAACAUAUCCGUGUUGUUCGUGAAGGUCAUCUUAGGAUUAUAUUCUCUCAAGAGCCUAAGAUUCUCUUAUGGGAGUUCUGUACUCGCCUUGUAGCCCCACAGGUUUAUGCAGGUGAACCAAUUGAUUCAGGCUUCUCCAAACGAUAUGUUCGGUGUUUGCAGAAAGUUGAUCCAAUCAGUAAAUUCAUACACAACUCUGGAAUUUCGAAUCCGAACAAACUAGACCAACUUUAUGUAACCACAACUACAAUCAGGCAACAAGGUUAUGAGAAAGACUGUAAGAACCAAAUCCAAGACCAGAGGAAGAAGAGCAAGAGAAAUUUGCAGCAGAGGCUCUAG